AGCAUGAGUGAGUGUGUGCGUGUGUGUACAGGGCUCGGGCCGCGCGGUGCAUUGUGGGUGUGCGGGACGGAGGCUGCGGAGGGAGGCGGAUGGAGAGCCGGUUCACCCAAAAAGGACUUGUUCAUUAAACAGCACAAACUGGGAAAAUAAUCUAACUGCAAAACAUGUCUGUCCGGGAGUCCUUCAAUCCAGAGAGUUAUGAGCUUGAUAAAAGCUUCCGGCUGACGCGCUUUGCAGAGCUCAAAGGCACCGGUUGCAAAGUUCCUCAAGAUGUUUUGCAAAAACUGCUGGAGUCCCUGCAGGAAAACCACUUUCAGGAAGAUGAGCAGUUUCUGGGGGCAGUUAUGCCAAGACUGGGUAUUGGUAUGGACACAUGCGUUAUUCCCUUAAGACACGGUGGCCUUUCUCUUGUUCAAACUACAGACUAUAUUUAUCCCAUUGUAGAUGACCCUUAUAUGAUGGGAAGGAUAGCCUGUGCAAAUGUAUUAAGUGACCUGUAUGCAAUGGGUGUAACAGAAUGUGACAACAUGCUGAUGCUCCUUGGUGUCAGUAAUAAACUGACUGAUCGGGAAAGAGACAAGGUGAUGCCUCUUAUCAUUCAGGGCUUCAAGGAUGCUGCAGAAGAAGCAGGGACUUCAGUUACAGGAGGCCAGACCGUAUUAAACCCUUGGGUAGUUCUAGGAGGAGUAGCCACAACGGUCUGUCAGCCUAAUGAAUUUAUCAUGCCCGACAAUGCUGUACCUGGGGAUGUCCUUGUGCUGACAAAGCCUUUAGGGACCCAAGUUGCAGUAGCAGUUCAUCAGUGGCUAGAUAUUCCAGAAAAAUGGAAUAAAAUUAAACUGGUGGUCACCCAAGAAGAUGUGGAGUUGGCAUACCAGGAGGCAAUGAUGAACAUGGCUCGGCUAAACAGAACUGCUGCCGGUCUCAUGCACACGUUUAAUGCACAUGCUGCUACUGACAUAACUGGGUUCGGAAUUUUAGGACAUGCACAGAACUUGGCCAAACAGCAACGGAAUGAGGUUUCUUUUGUCAUCCAUAACCUGCCUGUGCUGGCCAAGAUGGCUGCAGUCAGCAAAGCUUGUGGGAACAUGUUUGGCCUUAUGCAUGGAUCUUGUCCAGAGACAUCAGGAGGCCUCUUAAUCUGUCUGCCACGGGAACAGGCUGCACGAUUCUGUGCAGAGAUUAAGUCCCCCAAAUAUGGAGAAGGUCAUCAAGCAUGGAUUAUUGGCAUUGUAGAAAAAGGCAACCGCACCGCUAGAAUUAUAGAUAAACCACGAAUCAUAGAAGUUGCUCCCCAGGUGGCUACUCAAAAUGUAAAUCCAACACCUGGUACCACAUCUUAAUCUAGGUUUAUCUAGCUUUUUAUUUUAUUUUUUGUUUUGUUUUUAAAUAGACCUUAUACUUUACCAUCAUACAAUUUAAAUAAUUGUAAAGAAAAAAUAUAUAUAAAUAUAUAUAUAUAAAUAUAUAUCCUUGUGUCUGCCCAUUUCGUGGCCUUGUGUCCGUUAUACGAAUGGGUACGAUUUAAGAAGUAAAAAGACAUUGCCUUUUUUUUUUUUUUAUCUUUCUUUUCCCUUCUUCCUGUUACAUUAACUGAAGAUGCACCUAUUAAUGAGGCAGCUUCUAAGUUGAAGAAUUGUUAUCUGAUACUGUUGAUUCAUUUUGAAUCUAUAGACACUUAUCUCUUGCCGCAUAGGCUCUUUUUUUUUAAAGGUGCUUUCAUUCAGCACAGACAUUGCCAUUAGUAGUGUCAAACAAGCAGUUAGUGUCUUCAUUUAUAUAUGUGUAUUUAUCAUUAUUGGUCUAACAAUGUUGGAUGCCUUUGGAAGGUAUUAUGGCAAGGCAAUAAAUUGGCUGCAGAUCCUGGCUGGAGGGUGCAUGACUGCUUUCUUUUUUUUUUUUUAGAUUAGUCUUAUUUAGGCUUGGACUCAUAGCCUUGUACCCUCCACUUCUUUACAUUGUUUAGUGCCUUCCUUGACCAUGUCAAUUCUUUACUACUAAAUUGAGGGGUCUUGGGAGCAGCACUAUGCUUAAAGCACUUCUGUAUAAGAAGAUUUUUUUUCUCUAAUUCUGAUAUUUAGCAUAUUAUUAACAAAUGUUCUUAUUAAUAGCACAUGAAAAUUGCAGGGUGGUUAGGGGUGUUCAAAGUACAAACCACAUGCAAAGAAAUGUACAAAAUUGCCUAAAUCACUUCAAUUCAAUAAUUACAAUAUAAAUGUUCGCACACGUAAAUACAAAACUUUUUAAGUAUAAUCAAUAACCUUUCUGUUCUGUGGUUGAUAGUGUUUCAUACAUUUUUAUAUUUUGUAUAGUGAUUACAUGCCUUUAUAUAUAUUUUUUCUUUAUAAUGCAGCAGCUGUUAAGUAGUUGAUAGCUCUUUCUUUCUAAUUUUGGUGCAUGAGUUUGUGAUCUAAUAAAUAAGAAAAUUGACAUUGCCAACAUUGCAGCUUAAACUCCAAACUUGUUAUUCAAAUAAAUAUUUAAUUUUUUUUAUUGCUCUUGUACAA